AAACUACAGACGUCGGUGCUACAUUGAGAGCUGCUAUUACAAAAUGCCAGAAUGACAUCGUCAAGUUCGCCGAGGUUAUUGGAUUUCCAGCAGAAAAUAGCGGUAGCAGCCUAUCCUGUGUUGUGGUUGAGCCUUUGAAUGCAGUAGACGGCAAGUUGGUUGUUCAUGUGGCUUGGUGUGGUGACUCAAAGGUUGUUGCCGGGAAAUACGACAAAAAAGAUGUUGAAACGAUUGUUCAUGCGACACAGGACCAUACACUGGACAAUUUGGCCGAGGCAGACCGUAUCGAGAAUACUGGUGGAGAGAUACGGGAGAUCUCAGGCGGAGACAAAAGAGUGUUCGUCAAAGGCACCAACUUGCCUGGCCUGGCUGUCACCAGAGCGAUUGGCGAUGUAUCGGUCGCUUGUUAUGGAGUCAUCGCGGAGCCACAGUAUGAGCGUUGGGAAUUUCCAGCAAGUGAUAGCGUGUUCAUCGUCGUAGCCUCUGAUGGUGUCUGGGAGUUUAUGAAGGCAGAGGAAGCGCAUAAAAUACUCAACAAGAAACUGAGACUGACACUCUAUUGCAAGCGUACACAAUGGGAAGCCGCAGAGUUCUUGGACGCUUGUGCGAGGAAAAGAUGGGAAACGGUUGAAGCUGGUUACUGCGAUGAUAUCACUAACAUGAUUAUCCGCUUGGGUGUUUCCACCCAAGCGAGGAGGUAA